CUCAAAGGCCUGCAUAGAUCACACAAGGUUUGGUUCAGGCAGGGCAGGUGAAGCAGCCAACAUGGGGAAGAUUAUCUUUUAUGAGGAAAAAGAUUUCUCUGGGAACUAUUUUGAGUGUUCCAAAGACUGUGCAGACCUGCAUUGCAACUUGAGCUGUUGCAACUCCAUCAGGGUAGAGAGCGGCUGCUUCAUGAUUUAUGAAAAACCCAACUACACUGGGAACCAGUACUAUCUGAGGAAAGGAGAGUAUGCCGACUUUCACCACUGGACGGGUGUCAACAAUUUGGUUGGCUCCUGUUACCUCAUCCACAUGGAGCCUGGAUCAUUCAACAUGCGGUUAUAUGAGCGGAUCGAGUUUGGUGGCCAGAUGAGAGACCUGAAGGAUGACUGUCCCAGUGUAAUGGGCCGCUUCAACAUUCAUAAUAUCUUCUCUUGCAAUGUUACAAAUGGGAACUGGCUCUUCUAUGAGUGCCCAAACUACCGUGGCAAGAUGUACCUGAUUCGACCCGGAGAGUAUAAAAGAUUCAGUGCAACUCCAACAGGGUGGUGAGUGGCUGUUUUAUGGUCUAUGAGAAGCCCAACUUCAUUGGCAACCAGUACUACCUGGAGAGGAUACUAUGACAAUCAAGAAAUGGCAUUACUCACUGUGUCAGAUCUUGCCAUUUGAUCCUUCAGCUCCAGUGGCUGCUGUAUGAUCAGCCUAACUACAAAAGCAGAGUGUACUACCUGAGGCCUGAAGAGUAUCAAAGACUCAGCAACUGGGGUGGCAGCAGUCCGAAGGCCAACUAAAAGAAUCACAGACUUUAACUGAUGUCAGUAAAUUUUAACUUUUGAAUAAAACAUUUUACUCAUGCUUCA